CAGAAAACGAAACGGGUAUGAGGUAUGGAAUAGAAAAACUUCAGAGCAAGCGGCUACUGAUGAGGGCCACAGAUGCUCUUCGGCUUGAUAGAAGAAAUGCAACUCUAUUUUUGGCGUCAUAUAGUUCCUGAUCGCAUGAUGGUUGUAAGUAGUGUGAUUUUCAGUAGUGCUCUCGAUGUUUUGAAUACCCGUUCUUGCAUUUCAGCAAUGAUUUUGUCCUGACUUAGAUCAUGUGCAAAUGUCAUCCUUCGGACAGCACACCGACAAGCUUCAAGAGCGAAGGCAUGUCAUUUCCAACUGAGUUUUUCUUUUCAUACCUGUUCUGGAGAUGAUGUCGAUACAAGUCGAAGUCCAUCACUUACAACAAAAAGGAAAAACGCAAACAUAGCAAUCAUGUCCUCUAUUCCGUCUCGGUAUUUUUCACCAAAUGUAAGCAAAAAGCCAUAAAUCUGCUAUCACCUGCAACUUCACAAAAACGCAGCAUCUUGCUCUCAAGCUGUCUGUACCUGUAGUAAUUUAUCAUCCUGCAACGAAAGCUAACUGCAUUAGCAUUUGUUUUGUCUCUAGUAGUUGUAAAAUGUGUACACGUAAGUACUAAAAACGAACACUGUACAAUAUUCUGAACUGCUACAACGCAUGUACAAGAGAAUGAAAAACUUGGACGAGUCAGUAUGAACAGUAAAAAAUAAAAAGAACGCCUAGUGUAUAAUAUCAAUCGCUCAAAAAAAAUUCAUCGUACAAUCGGGCUCCAGCAUCGCCACGUUUAUCUCAUGAUCCGAAUCCG